AUGGGUAAAAAGAAGACAAGGAAAACGAAAGAGCUUUCUGUAGCAAUAGCUGAAGCUUCAUCAGCAGGAGAUGAAACCCAGCAGCAACCACAGCCUCAGACUCCUAGAAAGAGAGGCAGACCUCGAAAGAUUGUUGAAAAGAUUGAAAGUGAAGAGAUUAAUAUUGAAGAACAAGUUGCAACAGAAGCACAAGCGCCGGCAGAGAGUCGAUCAAAAAAAGUUAAAAACAGUGAAGAAGAACAAAAACAACAGGUCAAGGCAGAGACAUCAUCGGCUUCCACGGGAGGUAUGAAGAAAGGAGAGGGUCAAUCUUCCGAGAGAGAGCCAUCAAGACAGCCUCCAAGAAGUAGCAGAGCUAGGAGAAAAAGCAAACCCAGAAAGAGCAGCUAA